CUGGCUAACUGUUGCCACUUUUAAUGUCAUAAAUGUAUGGAAUGAGGUUUCAGUACCUUUGGAAAUAAAAUAAUUUAGGUAGAAAGAUUGACGGCAUAGAAUUUUCGCAUGAAUGGUAAAGAAAAGAAAAAGGGAUUAUACUCUAUUAGCUUUGAAAUAUACUGGGGUAGUGAUGUCAUUGAUAAGCCUUGAGCACCUGUCCUCCCACUUUUUCUUCCUCACUUGCUACAAUUGCAAGGAGUUGAUUUUUUUUUUACUUUUGCUUUCAAUUGACUACAGUUUAACAUUACAUCAGAACAUAAACCAUUUAGUACAGUACUAGCUAUGAUUUGCGGCCAGGUGGGGGGAAUAUUCAUAAUCUCUGGUUGGAAGUUGGCUUGUUUCAAACAAAUCAUAGUUCAUAUUAACCACAGUUUGUUGGGUUCAGAUGCAAUGAAAAGCUGCAGUUAAAAUGGCAUUGUAUCUAAUCUCCUUGCUGCUGUGCUAAAGGAGGAAGCAGAGGGUGAGUGUGCAAGUCUCAGACUUGUCUCAUAUCAUUCUUGUCAUUAUACAAAUCAUGAUUUAUUGUGAUGUUUGAACCAGCUCACUGUACCUUGGAUGAAGCUUUGCUUUUCAGCUUGCUAAAAAAAUACAAUUUAAUGGUCCAGUGGAAACUUGAACAACAUAGCUGCCAAGUUUUCCCUUUUCUCGCGAGGAAGCCUAUUCAGCAUAAGGGAAAAUCCCUUAAAAAAGGGAUAACUUGGCAGCUAUGUUAAACAAGUCUUUCUGAAAUUUUUAAUUUGCUUAAUGAUUUUAGUAGUGAUAUAAUUUACACUUCUGAAAUUGAAAACAUUGAAAUUUUAUCUAAGGCUUGGUUUGGUCAUUUAUAAGUUUGGUUAUGUAUCAAGUUUUGCUUUUCAUUUUUAUUUUAUUUUAUUUUAUUUUAUUUUCAGGGAGGCAGGAUUAAAUACUUUAGAUUUCUUAAUUGUAGAGUUUUAGCAUUUCCCAAAACACAUUGGACUUCAUAGAAUAAAUAACAUAUUUAUGCACCCUUAUAUUGUCAUGCUUUUAGACUUUUGCAUCAUUUGCUUUUGCUACACAUAAAAUACCCAUCACUUUAUGUGCAAAGAUGAUGGUGCCUUGUGACAAGGAAUGCACAAGCAUUUCUGCUGCUUAUCUGAAAGAGACCAAGCAAAGAGACCAAUUAUAUCCAAAUGAAUGUUUCCCUUCCUUUGUGAAUGUUCACUAAGUCUUGAAUUUUUGUUUAGUGUUUCAUUAGUGAGUGACCACACGCAGGUGGCGCUGUAGGCUAAACCACUGAGCCUAGGGCUUGCCGAUCAGAAGGACGGCAGUUCGAAUUCCCGCGACGGGUGUGUGGUGACAUUCAUGGCCAAUUCUUUGACCUAAUGAAGCUAUUUGAAGUGGGAGGAUCACCUGCUAACACAAGAUACCUGUUCCUUGGUGACUAUGUAGACAGAGGAUAUUUUAGCAUAGAGUGUGUGCUAUAUUUGUGGGUUCUGAAGAUUCUGUAUCCAAGCACAUUAUUUCUUUUGAGAGGCAACCAUGAAUGCAGGCACCUCACAGAAUAUUUUACUUUUAAGCAGGAGUGUAAAAUAAAAUAUUCUGAAAGAGUCUAUGAUGCUUGUAUGGAAGCUUUUGAUUGCCUUCCUCUUGCUGCACUUCUAAACCAGCAGUUUCUUUGUGUCCAUGGUGGACUCUCUCCAGAAAUAAAUACAAUAGAUGACAUUAGGAGGCUAGAUAGAUUCAAAGAGCCCCCAGCAUUUGGACCAAUGUGUGACUUGUUGUGGUCAGAUCCCUCUGAAGACUUUGGAAAUGAAAAAUCACAGGAGCAUUUCAGUCACAAUACAGUCAGAGGAUGUUCCUAUUUUUAUAGCUAUCCUGCAGUUUGCGAAUUUUUGCAGAGUAAUAAUUUGUUGUCUAUUAUCAGAGCUCAUGAAGCACAAGAUGCAGGUUAUAGAAUGUACAGGAAAAGUCAAACGACAGGGUUCCCAUCAUUAAUAACAAUUUUUUCUGCACCUAAUUACUUGGAUGUCUACAAUAAUAAAGCUGCUGUAUUGAAAUAUGAAAAUAAUGUUAUGAAUAUUCGGCAGUUCAACUGUUCCCCACAUCCUUAUUGGUUGCCAAAUUUUAUGGAUGUCUUCACAUGGUCUUUGCCAUUUGUUGGAGAAAAAGUGACAGAAAUGCUGGUGAACGUUCUGAGUAUUUGUUCUGAUGAUGAACUGAUGACUGAGGGUGAAGAUCAAUUUGACGUAGGUACAGCUGCAGCACGAAAAGAAAUAAUCAGAAACAAAAUCCGCGCAAUUGGCAAGAUGGCAAGAGUCUUCUCUGUUCUCAGGGAAGAGAGUGAAAGUGUACUGACACUCAAGGGUUUGACUCCCACUGGAAUGUUACCUAGUGGAGUAUUGGCUGGAGGACGCCAGACCUUGCAAAGUGCCACAGUAGAGGCAAUUGAGGCUGAAAAAGCAAUACGAGGAUUCUCUCCACAACAUAAAAUCUGCAGUUUUGAAGAGGCAAAAGGACUGGAUAGGAUCAAUGAGCGAAUGCCGCCAAGGAAAGAUGCUCUUCUUCAGGGUGGCAUUAAUUCUGUGAAUGCAACAAAUGCCAACGUAAACAAGGGGGCUGGCAACAACAAUGCACAGUGACCAUCGCAUCUGCUUACUUGCCUAAUAAUUCGCUGAGGACUGCUUCUUGAUAAGACAGUAGUCAAAACAUCCCAGGGAGAUACAGUCCGCAUGCUUUACCCGGAGCGAAAGCACAACUUGAUCUUACAGAAGAGAAGCCAUGGUGCUUUGGAGAUGACAGCCACUCUUCUAAAAGUGACAACACGAAUAUUAACAGUGCAUAUUUGGAACUCAUUUGUGGAGAGAGAUCCAGGGACAAGCUUCUGCUGUUAUCACUAUAGACUUAGCAUGUUACUUUUUUUAUCAUUGUCAACACUUUUUAUGUUUACAGAAUGGGAUUGUAGAGCUAGGUGGUGGGUUUGUGAGGUGGUUUUCUUUUGUUUUUAAAUUGGACAUUCUAAUGCAUCCGUAUUUAUUUAAUGGUCUUAUGAACUGUCUUUAAAUGAUAGUUUUACAGUGGUCUUAAAAUAUAAAUCUGAGGCUGCAGACAAGUCUGUGUUUUAAAUAAGUGAGGAAGAAAUGCCAAAAAUCUUAGCAAUUAUGUAAAUUUCUGGUCUUGGGUAUACUCCUAUUGCUAAUUCUGUAUAAUAUUCAACAUAUUAUUUUUAGUUAAAACUUACCAGAAAAUUUCUAUAUAAAAAUGUUUAUUACUUGAACCAUAAUAUUUUAAUUUAGAAACUUUUUUGCCCAACUUUUUGAGACUUUCCCUACACUUGAAUGUUAAAAGAACUAUUAACAGUUUUAAAAAGGUUAAAAUUAAGGUACUUCUAACUGAACUUUGUACAUUACAUUUAAAGUAAAUUUGAUUCAUAUCAGAUCUGUAAAGCUUGGCUUUGUAUUUUCUGUAUGCAUGUUUUAAUUUUGCAAAUAUUUAAUAUAUAGACCUAGGAUGUACAGGAGAAAACAUCCUACAGGUUAUGCAGCACAGCUGUUAUGGGUAUUUUUAGUUUAUUGUAUUAAAGUUGCUUAAAUAGUUAAUAAUUGUUGGGCUGAGUGGCUGCAAGUGUGGUCCUUUCAUUCUGUUUGGUUGUUUUUGUUUUUGUUUUGAACUUUUGGCCAUACAAUGCAUAAUUACUCUGGACAUUAAGAUGUUAGUGAAGAUAUAAAAUCAAGAUGCAUGUUAUGUUUUUGAUAGCUGGACUGUUCGGUUGAAAUAAAAUCAAACCAUGUGUUGAUCUAAUGAAUGAUGAACUGUAGUCAAAUUCUCCCGACAUUUUGUUACUUAACUUUCUUCUUCUGUGGGAAGCUGUUGGAAUCUUAACGGCAGUGGAUUUCAUCUGCAGUUUGUUUGCCACAAAGUGGAAUUUGUUUGUGGCCCUAAGUUGGCUAUUUGAUGCAUGUUUUAAACCAUUGAAGUACCAGUAUUUUAUAAUAAGAAGCGCACAAUAAAGUUUGUGCAUGGGCCUCAGCUCGGAUUGGUUUGCUUCUGUUUUUGUUUGAGUAAUGAGGAACGCAACAAAACCAACCAACCAUUCUAGUUGACCACCUGGGUUCAAAUACCUGGAAUGGGGAGGUUCCCAGCACAUUUUAGGAUCUUUGAUGUCCCCGAGUUAAGGAAGCCUCCCUAUUUCAGAAGUUUGCUCCAACUUGAGGAAGGUGACAGGGGCAGAGCUGGUGUGCUCAUUCCUACAAUCCUUCCUCAUAUAGUUACUUGGGUGUAGAGCAGUGCUGUACUUAAUUAGACUAUUAUAUGGUGAUUAGAUCUCAAGCACAGCUAACUAAAAUGGCAAAGGGAACUUUUUCAUUUGAAAGUCGGUGAUGGUUUUGCAUGUAUGGACAACGUAGAGUUACCAGCUCUGUUUAUUAAUGAUGUGUGUAAUUUGGGGUGGGGUGUUGUUAAAUACCAAAGUUUAUUUUUAUUGAUUUUUUUAAAAAAAAUAAAAAUUGGAACAUAACAGCCAUAUUCAUGCCCAGCAUUCCCAGCCGUCUCCAUCCCUAUCACAGGUGACCUCCCAUGACCUACGUCACAAGCUGGUUGUGAGGUUUAAAUGGGGAGAGGGAGAACCAUGUAUGCCACCACGAGGACCUUAGUGGGAAAG